AUGAGGGAGGUGCCAUCUCAAAAACAACAAUUCCAGAUUUUCCCACCCCGUAGAACUCGAAAGUGGACUUACACAGGGACUAUCGAGAAUGCGGGCGCUCUAAGCUAUCUUCACUUGCUCGACCAGGAGCCACCGAAAUCUCCUGAAACUCCUAGGCACAGAAGCUUGUCCCCAAUGAGGCCAAACAGGAUUGGACAAAUUACGGUUAAAGAGGAGCCAUAUCUAAGUGCACCACCAGGCUUCACUAGUCCAAUCUCAUCUCCAAAAGCUGGCAGUCUGACUACUAAGAGGGAAGUGGAAAAACCACGCAAGAGACCAAGCUUUGACUGGACGUACACUGGACCUGUCGCUAACUCGACUGCACCGUUGCUCGAUUUAGACCCACCAACUUCACCUAAAACCCGAGCGGAAACUUCUAGGCCCCAAAACCGGAUGGGACAAAUUUCGACGCCAUUUCCUUACCCGGAGCCCAACCCGUUCAAUACGACAAACCCGGCCCGAACCCGAUCUCGCUCGCCAAACCCUUUCCCCAUGCAAAAGGUACAAACCCGAGCGGAAACUUGUAGGCCCCAAAACCGGAUGGGACAAAUAUCGGCGCCCAGCUCGAAGCCCAACCCUUUCCAUCCGACUAGCCCGGCCCAAACCCGAGCCCGAUCUCGCUCGCCAAACCCUUUUCUCACCACAUCACACCAGCAGAACAACAUCCCCCGGAAGCCUCGUUCGGGCCCAAAGCAGAAUCCAGUAGCAGAGAACAAAAAGCCCGGUGGGCCGUAUCCAAUGUCCGGGCACAAAAAGCCCGGUGGGCCGUAUCCAAAGUCCGGGCCGAACCCGAAACCGGUCGACGAGCUGUUCUGCCAGCUGUGCCAGGCGAGCUGCUCGAGCGCCCGCACCAUGAGCCAGCACCUGAACGGGCGUGCCCACAAGGCCAAGCUGAAGUGGGUGCAGAUGAAGAGCUCGGCAGGGGGAAGAAACAUCCGGAAGCCCCCGACUUGCGAGGUGUGCGGGAUCUGGUGCUCCGACGGCUACGCGCUUAACAUGCACCUGCGGGGGAAGAAGCACGAGGCCAAGGUGAAGGUGAAAGAGUUGGAGGGAAACGGGAAUCUUGUCGAUAAGAGGCCGAUAAAGUGCCAGCUGUGUGGGGUCGACUGUAUGAAUGCGGAUAACUUUGCGAUGCAUCUCAAGGGGCGGGCCCACGCCAGUCGUAUGGGGAGGGUGUGA